AUGGCUGCCAACAUUAGAUAUGAGCCCGCACCGCAGCGCGACUCUUUUGAAGAGCGUGCUUACACUCAGCCCCCGCCUUCUUAUCAGGCAACUGCCGAUUACACCCAGGCGCCUCGCAGCGAAGACGACAACGUUCCCGAUGACUUCAAGUUCGGCGGCACUGUGGCGGAGGGCACCCUGCCCAUUCGUAUGCAGUUCAUCCGCAAGGUCUAUGCGAUCCUGACGGCCCAACUCCUCCUCACGACGGUGAUGAGCUCGAUCUCCUUCUUCAGCCCCAGCUACCGGACCUGGAUCCAGUCCAACUUCUGGGUGAUGAUCCUGUCGGUGUUCGGCGCGCUGGGCUUCAUGCUGGUGACCUACUGGAAGCGCAAGUCGUACCCAGCCAAUCUACUGUUCUUGUCGGGCUUCACGAUCAUGGAGGCCUACUCGAUCAGCGUGGUGACGUCGCUGUACGAGAGCCGGAUCGUGCUGCAGGCGCUGGUGAUCACGCUGGGCCUGUUCGUCGCCCUGACGCUGUUCGCGUGCCAGACCAAGUACGACUUCACGCACUGGAUGCCCUACCUCUUUGGCGCGCUGUGGUUCUUGAUCCUCUUCGGCUUCAUGGCCAUGUUCUUCCCCGGCAACAGCACCGUCGAGCUCGUCUACGGCGGCGUCGCCGCCCUCGUCUUCGCCGGCUACAUCCUCGUCGACACCCAGCUCGUCAUGCGCCACUACCACGUCGAGGAGGAGAUCGCCGCCUCCAUCUCGCUCUACCUCGACAUCCUGAACCUGUUCCUCGCCAUCCUGCGCAUCCUGAACAGCCAGAGCAAUAAUUAA